AACGGAUAGGUAGAGCAAUUGCUCAAAAUCGUUUAUUUGCAGAGAGCUCCAUCAAUGGCGACAAGCACCACGCCUUCGUCCCUCAUGCUAACGUACGCCUCCUCUUACGCGCACCCACAUGACCUCACUCCCUCUCUCGUCUCCUUCCAGCCCAAGCCCCUCUUCAAAACCUUCUGCCUCUGCCCGCUGGCUCUAAGGCCUCGAGAGAGAGAACCAAGCAAAUGGUCCAAUUCCGAGCCUCACCGAGUGGCCGCGGCGGCUCUGACGGCGGAGGCAGAGGUGGAGGAGGAUGUGGACGAGAAGGAAGGAGUGAAAGGAGGUGAUGGGUCUGUUGCUGUUGCUGUUUCUGUUCCUUCAAAGCCCAAGAAAGGGAAGGCUGCAUUGCUUUUGAAGAGAGACAGAACAAGGUCCAAAAGAUUCUUGGAAAUUCAGAAACUGAGGGAAACCAAAAAAGAGUAUGAGCUGCAGCCAGCACUCGCUUUACUGAAAGAAAUGACGAGUACGAAAUUUGUAGAAACUGCUGAAGCCCAUUUCCGCCUCAACAUUGAUCCAAAGUAUAAUGACCAACAGCUAAGGGCAACUGUAAACCUGCCCAAGGGAACUGGACAGACUGUUAAAGUGGCUGUUCUUACUCAAGGUGAAAGGUUUGACGAAGCAAAAAAUGCUGGAGCAGAUUUGGUUGGUGGAGAUGAUUUGAUACAACAGAUAAAAGAAGGAUUCAUGGAAUUUGACAAGCUAAUUGCUUCGCCGGAUAUGAUGCCUAAGGUUGCUAGCCUAGGAAAGAUUCUAGGACCACGAGGGCUCAUGCCAAAUCCGAAAGCUGGUACUGUCACGCCUAAUAUACCACAGGCCAUAGCAGAAUUCAAGCAGGGGAAAGUUGAAUAUAGAGCAGAUAAAACUGGUAUAGUUCAUUUGCGGUUUGGAAAAGCCGACUUUCCUGAAGAAGACCUUCUCGUGAACUUGCUAGCAGCAGUUAAAUCGGUAGAAGCAAAUAAACCACCAGGUGCAAAAGGUGUUUACUGGAAGAGUGCACAUAUAUGCUCGUCAAUGGGGCCUUCCAUCCGGUUAAAUAUAAGGGCGAUGCUCGAUUUCAAGCUUCCAACAAAUGCUUGAAGAACACUAACCACCUGUACACAUGUUGUCGUUAUAUUGUUCAUUCAGCCUCUUAGCUGCCACUGUCGAAUAUUUGCCAAUGUAGUUAGUAAAGACGGCUGGGGAGAGUAAGGGAUGAAGGCAGAGGGUGACCUCGAUACGUUUGUAUCUAGGGUAAGUCAGAGCAUGCGAGUUUCAUCUACUCUGAGUGAGAAAGGCCAUGUACUAAUUUUGUGAUCGAUAUUAUCAACUCGUCACUUUGGUUUCUUGUUUAUGAAUGAGAGAAAUUUCAUAGUA